AUGGACGCAAGCACGCAAAGCACCCUUCAGGGCUGUGUGAGCUCGUUGCGAUCGAGCAUGCAACUUCUGGAAUCCAGCAUCAACAUUCUCGAUUCUGGAGUCAACGACUAUCCUAGGCUCGCAAAGGUGAUACAGACGACAAGACAUUUCGAGCUGGUCUCCGAGCACGACCUGACCACCGCGCAAGCCACACUGCUCUCAGAGAUCCAGCCCGAAGUAUCGAAUCUGCUCUCACGCGUGGAGACCUACCUGGACAAGCUUGAAAGACGGGAGAAGUCACUCAUGGCGAAGGCUGAGCUUCAAGAAGGACGGCUCGCGCGACCGUCACGGUCAAGAUCGAAGAGCCCGGCGCGGAAGCCUGGUGCAGGUGGCAUCAACAAUCUAGAUGAGAUGAAGCUUCAGCAACUGCGGCAGAAGAAGGAGCGACUGAGCUAUGCUGUUGGUCGACUGGAGCUUCAAGCCAGCCAGAGGCAGCGGCAGCUGAGGAAGAGCAUGGCUGCGCAAUAA